AUGGCGACGCGGAGGUCAGCCCUGCCGGACCCGGCGGUGGAUGGAGCGUGGACGCAGUACGCCGCCGUCGCACACAGUGCCGGCACGGGUCGCAGCGGCAGCAGCAACGAUUCUGAAGCUGAGGGUCCGUCUGCAACGAGUUCGUCGGGCAGGGCGGAAGGCGGCGGGGGGAGCAGCGCUAAGAAUGCGCCUCAGUUGGGCGUGGGCGUGGAUGUGGCAGGCUGCGGCAUUGGCGCUGGCGAUGGCGGCGCGGCUGCUGUGGCUGUUGGCCUCGGGCCCCGUUUGUGCCUCUCGCCGUGGUUUUUGCUGCGGUGGCGCUGCGGCCUCUUUGGCCGGCAGUAA